UCUCAAAAUAGUAAUACGUAAAGUACUGGUAUUAUUCGGAUUGUUUUUUUCUCUAAACUAUUACGUGCGCAUAGUUUUUCCAAAAUGCCAAAAAGGGGGCCAAAGGGUAAGGUUAGAAUUAUAAAAGUUCCCGUACCAAUAGAUGUGGAGGAGAACUCCAAUGAUGAUGAUGAUGUCUUGGAAUUGGUUGAUAGUAAAAAGUUGAUGGACCAAAUUCGUGCAAGGCGUUAUGAUUUGGGCUUAAAUACACUCACAACUGAAGCGUGUAUAAUUUUGGCAAAGCACAUCGAUGAAUAUCUUCAAUUUGUUUUGAAGGAAUCGUUGAAGCUAGAAAAACAACGUAAAAUAUCAAUUGAGGAUGAGUCGCUGCGCACAAGAUAUAAUGAAGUUAGAGGGAAGCUAAUGUUUAUGGAUGGCGUACUUAAAACAAAAAAGAAACCCAAACCAGUUAAUAAAAUACAAAGAGGGUUCCAAGAGAAAACAAAUAUAAGGCUGACAAAUGAAGCAAUACGAAGGGCUAUAAGAGACCAUAAAAAGUCUUCCACAGGUUGUGACACACAGCCGAUUGGAGUAGCUGAUAUGCUCUCAUUUUUGGAAAGCGAUCCUUAUAACUUACAUAGAAAGACUUUAGCAAAAGUAUAUGUCAAUACCAAUCAACGCAAAAAUGGAAACGAUUUGAAGGAUUAACCAUUUAUUUCGCUCCUUAUGAUAUAUAGAUGUUAAUAUAUGUUUGUUAUCAAAUAAA